UUUUGUUUCUUUCUUCUGUCGGUGAUUUUUGUUCUGGAAAUUCGAAUUUUCGAUUUGCUUGAGCGCUAAGGAUCAUGGUGGCGUUCAAAAACAGAUACAUGGUGAUGGAAGUUUUUCUCAACCCUAAUAGAGACAAAGUGGGCGAUGAUUCUGUUAUAAUUACACAAUUUAAUGUCUCCAAAGCUGUGAAAGAGAGCCUUUUGGAGAAUUUUGGAGAGUGUGGUUUGGCUUCAUCGUUGGGAUCGUUCCAAGUUAAGUAUGUGAAUUCAAUUACCAAUGUGUGUAUAAUUCGGGUAUCAAGGGAGGAGUAUCAGAAAGUAUGGUCUGCCAUUACGAUGGUCACAAACAUUGCAAACUGCCCCGUCGUGUUUAAUUUGCUGAAUUUGUCUGGAAGUAUAAGGGCUUGUAAAAAUGCUGCCUUGAAGUGUGAGGAAUCAAAAUUUGAGCAGUAUAAACUCAUGAUCGGUGAUCAUUUCUCUUCUGCUGAUUCUGAUCGCAUGAAUUCCUAUCUCGACAGGAUCAAAGUUUUGGAACAUUAAAUAUUUGGCCUUCAGUUGUUUCUCAUUGAGAUUUCUCAGUUUCUUCAACUUGUUUGUGUUCAGUCACAAGUUUUGCCAUACAAUUCUAGGUUAAAUUUUAAUUUCUCUAACAUAGGGUAUUUGUUCUCUGUGUGAUUCAGUGCAUUUCUGAGUUUACCGGUGAUCGUAACUAGUUACAAGUUUCUUCCGUGAGAGAAGAAACUUGUGAAAAUAUGUAAAUUUUCGCCUUUGUAAAAUACUAGAUUAUUUCUAGCUGCUAUACAUAAUUGCAGAGGGAAACUUUUUCUUUUA